UUGUCUGCCUACUCAGUUCAUUCCGAGAAGCAGCUGCUCCAGGAACAAAGGCGCCAUGCAGCCCCGGGUCCUUCUUGUCGCUGCUCUCCUGGUGCUCCUGGCCUGUGCCCAGGCUAUCGAGGCCGAGGACACCUCCCUUCUGGACAAAAUGCAGGACUAUGUGAAGCAGGCCACCAGGACCGCCCAGGACGCGCUGACCAGCGUGAAGGAGUCCGAGGUGGCCCAGCAGGCCAGGGGCUGGGUAACCGACAGUAUCAGCUCCCUGAAAGACUACUGGAGCACGUUCAAGGGCAAGUUCACCGACUUCUGGGAUUCUACCCCCAAGCCCGAACCGUCUUCCAGCUGAGAUCUCGAUAUCCCCGUCUGUCUGCCCAGCCUUCCUGCCAACAGCCUGGGUCCUGCAGCCUCCCAGGACUGUCCCCAAAAUUCCCUUGAAAGGGACAACAGCCUUGAUGCCCUCCCAUCCCACCCCAGACCUGGCCUUCCAAUAAAGCUGGAUGAGAAACUGC